AUGAAGACUUUCAAGCUGUGCAUUCUAGUGAGCUUGGCAGUCACAGCGUACUGCGUGCCAACAGCGCAGGUUACUGUGGAAGAAGAGAAUUUUGCCGAGAGUUAUUUGAAGAAAUUCUUCAACCUAACAGACGAGACAGAUCCAACUAUCGGACGGGAUAUCAACCCAGUGACCUUGAAGCUGGGUGAGAUGCAGAGAUUCUUCGGUCUCCAGAUCACCGGGACCCUGGAUACUGACACCAUUGCGAUGAUGAAGAAGCCCCGCUGUGGCGUUCCCGAUGGCAACAUUGCCCGUUUCUCCACGUUUGGAAGAAACCAAAAGUGGGAGAAGAACAGCCUGACCUACAGGAUAGUGAACUACACACCUGACAUGUCUGUGCCAGAGGUAGAUGACUCCAUUGAGAGGGCACUGCAGGUUUGGGCCAAAAUCACUCCUCUGAGAUUCACAAGGAUCCACAGUGGCACCGCUGACAUCAUGAUCUCCUUCGGACGCCAACAGCAUGGUGAUUAUUACCCCUUUGAUGGUCCUGAUGGGACUCUUGCCCAUGCCUUUGCCCCAGCAUCUGGCAUUGGAGGAGAUGCUCAUUUUGAUGAUGACGAGACCUUCACUUUCCGCUCAAACACCGGCUACGUCCUCUUCAUGGUGGCUGCCCAUGAGUUCGGCCACUCUCUUGGUUUGUCUCACUCUAAUGAUCCUGGUGCUCUCAUGUACCCUGUGUACUCAUACAGAAACCCUGACACCUUCGUUCUGCCCCGGGAUGAUGUCAACGGCAUCCAGUCUCUCUAUGGUCGAAACACUGUUAAGGACCCCUCUGUAGAUGAACCUGAGCCCCCCACCACCCCUGAUGCCUGUGAUUCCUCCAUGGUCUUGGAUGCUGUCGCUACUCUGCGAGGAGAGAUGCUCUUCUUCAAAGACAACAUCUUCUGGCGGAGCUUCUCUCAGAGCAGGACACCCCAGCAAAGUCUCAUCACAAACUUCUGGCCAAAUGCCCCCUCCAACGUCAACGCUGCGUAUGAAAGCCAACACAAAGACAAUGUGUUUCUUUUUAAAGAUCAGAAAGUGUGGGCUUUCAAUGGCUAUGAUCUAGUGAGUGGCUAUCCAAAACCAAUUUCCAGUUUUGGUCUGCCCAAAACUGUGAAGAAAGUCAACGCUGUCCUUUUUGAUGUGGAAUCCCGAAAGACUCUAAUAUUUGUGGGCAGCGAAUACUACAGUUAUGAUGAGGCCAGAGAGACCAUGGAUAAGGGAUUCCCCAAGCAGGUGGAUCAGACCUUCUCCGGCCUGACCAACGAGGUGACUGCAGCUUUCCAGUACAGAGGUUUCACUUACAUCUACAGUGGACCCUACAUGUUUGAGUACAGCCUUAGGACUGGGAGGUUGUUCCGUGUGUUGAGGAACAGCUACUUCCUGCGCUGCACCAACUUCUACCUAUUUAACAGCGGACUCCAGAACCGACACACAGAACACAUUCGACAACGAAGCAUGAGGUCCUGCAGUCUGUACAUCCUACUGAGCCUGGCAGUCACAGUCCAGUGUGUGCCUGUAUCAGUGCAAGAUGAAGGUUAUGCAGAGAGCUAUCUGAAGAAAUUCUUCAACCUAACAGAGGAGACUGGUCCAAGUAUCAGACGGGGCAUCAGCCCGGUGACCUUGAAGCUGGGUGAGAUGCAGAGAUUCUUCGGUCUCCAGAUCACUGGGACCCUGGAUACUGACACCAUUGCGAUGAUGAAGAAGCCCCGCUGUGGCGUUCCCGAUGGCAACAUUGCCCGUUUCUCCACGUUUGGAGGAAACCAAAAGUGGGAGAAGAACAGCCUGACCUAUAGGAUAGUGAACUACACACCUGACAUGUCUGUGCCAGAGGUAGAUGACUCCAUUGAGAGGGCACUGCAGGUUUGGGCCAAAAUCACUCCUCUGAGAUUCACAAGGAUCCACAGUGGCACCGCUGACAUCAUGAUCUCCUUCGGACGCCAACAGCAUGGUGAUUAUUACCCCUUUGAUGGUCCAGAUGGGACUCUUGCCCAUGCCUUUGCCCCAGCAUCUGGCAUUGGAGGAGAUGCUCAUUUUGAUGAUGACGAGACCUUCACUUUCCGCUCAAACAGAGGCUACGUCCUCUUCAUGGUGGCUGCCCAUGAGUUCGGCCACUCUCUGGGUUUGUCUCACUCCGAUGAUCCUGGUGCUCUCAUGUACCCUGUGUACUCAUACAGAAACCCUGACACCUUCGUUCUGCCCCGGGAUGAUGUCAACGGCAUCCAGUCUCUCUAUGGUCGAAACACUGUUAAGGACCCCUCUGUAGAUGAACCUGAGCCCCCCACCACCCCUGAUGCCUGUGAUUCCUCCAUGGUCUUGGAUGCUGUCACCACUCUGCGGGGAGAGAUGCUUUUCUUCAAAGACAAUGUCGUAUGGCGGAGCUUCCCCCAGAGCACGACACCCCAGCAAAGUCUCAUCACAAACUUCUGGCCCAAUGCCCCCUCCAACAUCCAAGCUGCGUAUGAAAGCCGACGCUCAGACAAGAUCUUUCUUUUUAAAGGACGUAAAGUGUGGGCCUUCAGUGGAUACGACCGUGUUCGUGGCUAUCCUAAAAAACUUACCACCUUUGGUCUGCCAAGAAGUGUGAGGAAAAUCGAUGCAGCCCUCAAUGACGUGAAAUCUGGCAAGAUUCUGUUCAUUGUGGGCAGCGAAUACUACAGUUAUGAUGAGGCCAGAAAGUCCAUGGACAACGGAUUCCCAAAGCGAGUGGAUCAGACCUUCUCCGGCCUGACCAGCAAGGUGACUGCAGCUUUCCAGUACAGAGGUGAGCAGUAUUCAAAACUGACAUUAAAAAUCAGAACUUUGCAGUUUUCCCGAAAAAUAAGGAAGAAUCCAUUAUCAAUCUUUUCAGCUUUUAAAAGAAAAGUGACAUCCGGGAUAUUCAUGAGAAUCUCUUAAACAUGCAGAUGUAGGUACCGUUUGACAGAGCCAGUCUUGCUGUUUUCCUUCUGACCUGCCUUUAUGCUAAGCUAACCAUCUCCUGGAUCCAGUCUCCUAUGUAAUGGGCAAACAUGAGAGUGGUAUCAAUCUUAUCAUCUAAUUCUGGGCAGAGAAGGGUUUCAGCCA